AUGUCGCACAUGCGCUUUCCUGCCUACCAAAGAGACCACCCUCUGCUCCAUCCAGCCCCCCCUGCUCCCCCUCCUCCUUCUCCACCAGGGACCAAGGAGGUUUUCAGCACUUGCCACGGCAGCUCGCAAUGGACAGCACCACAAAGACUCAGUGAUCCCUCGCAUCGCCCGGACGCUUGACAGAAACCACUACUGACAGGCCAUCACGGUGUUCAGUAGGGACAUCUAGAGAAAGUGGAAAAGUGAGACAGAGGGAAAGAAAGUGAAGUGCUCUGUGGACUACCCCUUAAAAAUAGAAAAAGGUUUUGAAUCUGCCCAAACAGGCAUUUUCUUUCACACAUCUCUUGUUGAUCUAAAAACAGAAUCCGCACAAUGGAAGAAGACAUGGACGAGGGGCAAACCCAGAAAGGGUGCCUUGAAUGCUGCAUCAAAUGCCUUGGUGGAAUACCUUACCCAUCCCUUAUAGCCACCAUCUUGCUGUACGCGGGCGUGGCUCUGUUCUGCGGCUGCGGACAUGAGGCCCUGUCUGGAACCGUCACCAUCCUCCAGAACUACUUCGAGGUGGUGCGGAGCCCUGUGGAUGCGCUGGACGUCUUUACCAUGAUUGACAUUAUCAAGUAUGUGAUCUACGGCAUUGCUUCGGCUUUCUUCGUCUACGGCAUCCUGCUGAUGGUGGAGGGCUUCUUCACCAGCGGAGCCAUUAAAGAUCUGUAUGGAGACUUCAAGAUCACCACCUGCGGACGCUGUGUCAGCGCUUGGUUCAUCAUGCUGACAUACAUCUUCAUGCUGGCUUGGCUCGGAGUGACUGCUUUCACCUCCCUCCCAGUCUUUAUUUAUUUCAACAUCUGGAAUAUUUGCCAAAAUGCUACCGUGCUGGAGGGGGCCACACUCUGCCUGGACCCACGCCAGUAUGGUAUUGUGCCAAUUGCUGAGGCGAAAACAGUGUGUGCUGGAUCAGAGAAGUUUUACAAGAUGUGUGAAUCCAAUGAGCUGGACAUGACAUUCCACCUGUUCAUCUGUGCCCUCGCUGGAGCAGGAGCUGCUGUUAUUGCUAUGAUCCACUACUUGAUGGUGCUGUCUGCCAACUGGGCCUACGUGAAGGACGCCUGCCGGAUGCAGAAGUACGAGGACAUCAAGUCAAAGGAGGAGCAGGAGCUUCAUGACAUCCACUCCACUCGCUCCAAGGAGCGUCUCAACGCCUACACAUAAAGACCAGCGUGAGGCCUGGCCCUGCCACUCCGGCCUCUCUCCCUCUCUUUCUCUCCUCUGUCUUUCUCUCUGUCUCUCUCUACCAUCCCCUCCCGAGGGGGGGCGGAUGGCGCCUAGGGCCCUCGCCACUGCUGAUGUCACUGGUGCGUCAUAUGACAAUGUGGUCUGGGGGGGACGUCACACAAACCUCCUCAGUCACAAACAGCAUUUCAGAUGAAAAAAAAAAAAGCCCCUUUACCUCUCUCAUGGAUGGUGUUAUGAUUAUCAUUAUGGCCGUUAUAUUAUUCUUGAAACAAAGUUGUUUAGUGCCGAUAGUAGUCUUAGUGUAGUUAGUAGAAUCAGAAGUAGCAGUAGUAUUUCUUUCUUUUUUACUUUUGAAUCAUUUGCGUACAGUUGUUUUAUUUUUCUUAAUUUCUUUAUUUGAUGCUUCGUGUCAUUUUGCUCUCAUGCAUAAUUUAUUUUUUGCUGAUUUCUGAGGGGGUCAACAGGGGCUUAAAAGGGUUUUCAAGCACAUUUCUCGUGUCGUGUGUCUGGAGAUUUCAUGUUCAAAAACGAUGUACUGUAUGUGAACGGGUGGUUAGUUUUGAAAAUAUUUUAAAUGUCACAACGCAACCAUUAAGCAUCAUAAGCCUUUGUCAUACCAGUAUUCCCAGGGAUUAAAAACCGCUUUCAUAUGAAAGUAUUCAAUCUGUUUUUUCUAUUUGAAGUUAUUCAAUACCAAUACAACACAAUACGAAAUACCAAAUCAUUAGAGUAAAGCAAAUAUUUGCUAGACGUGCCAAGCCUGUUAAACAGGAAACAAUGACUUUGAUGGAAAUCAAAGAUGCGAUUAGUCAAUUCUAGAUAAAUUAUGGGUUAUUUUAUGAUAAUCUUGCCAAUUUAAAUGUACUUUAGGACUGUGAAGGAUUCCAUCGUCUUUGAAUCACGAGCCACAAAAGCACAUGCAAACAUGCUUUCAUAAGCCCUUUUUUUAAUUUCUUAAAAGUGGAACUUUAUAAAUACAAAUUUCCUGUCUUAGCAGAACUCUGCACUGUAAAUACUGAUAUAUCAAAUCAUACCUAUAUGUUAAGCACUGACAUUAAGGACAAUACAUGUGAGAAUAAGAUGAGGUCACUCUGGGUCGGUGCACUCUGCAUCUACCCGUCUCAACCCGAAAAGAAACCCUGACAGUUGUUGGUGUAAUGGCACUCCUUGGUGAAUUGUCAGAUGUGAGAAAAGUGUGUGUCACAGUGAUUUUGUUCAUGACAGUAACUGUAACUUGCUUACACAUCCUGAUGCCACUACAAAAAGGUGGCCUGUCAGUUCAUUGCCUGGCAAAAUGUGUUUUUGUCGGUAUUCCUAAAAGCUAGUUUCAUGCACUUAUUUGACCAUUUCUGUGCUCUCUCUAGAUGUAAGCGCAUUGGUGUUCAACUCAAAGUUGGAUAACUGUACUGUUAGUAAAGACUGUGAAUAUAGAUGUUUUUCGUGGCAUGGACAUGCAUUAAUAUAGUCUUAAUGACUCAAAAGUUACUUUAUUCCACUUCUUUAUUUUUACACUUUUGACUGUCUUGCUGGAUCAACCCUUUGUUUAUAUGUGCAGUACUAAACCUCCCACGCUUACCGCGUUAUGCUACUGAUAUUAGAAACUGUAGUCUUUGAGUUGUGUCUAUUUAGUUUGUGAUGAGCUCUCAACCAUGUCUUAAAACUAAUACUUGUACCAACAUUGCUUACUCUGUAAUGAUCUGAAAAAUGCUUUCAGCUUUCUCCUUGUAUUAGUCUUUUGUACUUUCACUACGAAUGCUUAGUAGCAGGCUUUAAAUUGAAUAUGUUUUGUACAUUCAUGUGCCAACAGCUUGAAGUGGCUUAUUUGACCUGUAUGAUCAAAUUUGCUUGCAUUAAUAAAAUUCACUUGUGUACUUGUUAAUAAAUACUUUGCGUGU